AUGGCAACAAGUGACUUUCUUUCCAACACACCCACUGGCACUGAUUCAAAGGAGGCUGACGGGAGGAAUAAGUCCGACUCUGGGGCUCGACACACAGCAGAGAAAACAGAGGUCCUCAGCGAUGACCUUUUACAGAUUGAGCGACGGAUGGAGUUGGUGCGUGUGGUGUCCCAUAACACACACAAGAAAAUGGUCUCAUGCCUGCAGGGACACAUUGGCGCAGAUGCAGAGAAAAGACAUUCUGUACCACGCCUCUAUACAGGAAAUGGUCAGAAAAAACUUCCUCUGACGGCAUUGUCCCAGGCUAUGGUAGAAGGUGGAAACCAGCUUGGCGAAGAAUCUUUAAUAGGGAAGAUGAUGGAGGUGUGUGGGGACGCAGAGAGUCGUCUGGCAUCUGAACUGAUGCAGCAUGAACUACAGAUAGAGAAAGACGUACUUGAUCCUCUCAGCCAACUUGCAGAGGUUGACAUACCCAACAUUCUGAAACAGAGGAAACAGUUGGCCAAAUUGGUCCUGGACUACGAUUCUGCUAGGGCAAGAUGGUUGCAGGCGACCAAGUCAAUAAUCUCAGGAACAAACACUCAAGCACUGACAGCCAAAGCUGAUCUUCUCAAGGAGGAGGUGGACGAGGCUAUGAACAAAGUGGAACUUUGCAAGGACCAACUUGCUGCAGACAUGUACAGUUUCUUCUCAAAAGAAGGAGAUUAUGCCUGCUAUUUCUUAACGCUUCUCGAAGCUCAAGCUGAAUAUCACCGAAAGUCACUCACUUUAUUGGAGAGUGUCUUGCCAAACAUCCAGGCCCAGCAAGAUUCAUGGAUUGAGAAGCCUGCCUUUGGCACUGCACUGGAUGAACACCUGAAAAGAAGUGGGAGGGAGAUCGCCCUGCCCAUAGAAGCAUGUGUCAUGAUGCUAUUAGAGACUGGCAUGAAGGAAGAGGGUUUAUUCAGAAUUGCAGCUGGGGCAUCCAAACUAAAGAAGCUAAAAGCGGCACUGGACUGUUCGACAUCACAAUUGGAAGAGUUCUACUCUGACCCUCAUGCCGUUGCCGGAGCACUGAAGUCAUACCUGAGGGAACUGCCUGAACCUUUAAUGACCCACCAGCUUUAUGAUGAAUGGACCCAAGCAUGCAGUUUACCAGAUCAAGACAAACGACUUCAGGCUUUGUGGAUUGUCUGUGAUAAGCUACCAAAGAACAACAAAACCAACCUGAGAUACCUGGUGAAGUUCCUUGCUAAACUGGCUCAGGAUAGUGAGGUAAACAAAAUGACUCCCAGUAACAUUGCCAUUGUCCUUGGACCAAAUCUGCUGUGGGCCAAGACUGAAGGGAGUUUGGCAGAAAUGGCUGCAGCUACAUCUGUGCAUGUUGUGGCCAUCAUAGAACCCAUCAUCCAGCAUGCAGACUGGUUCUUCCCUGAGGAUGUGGACUUUAAUGUGUCUGGCAUGUUUGCGAUGCCUGUCCCCUCAUCCAACCACAACAGUCAUCUGGAUUAUGACAGUGGCACCAUCGAGAGGAAGAGACCAGGCAGUUUGGUGGGGCCAGAGGCAGACACAAGCCGCAAAGACAAUAGCACCUCUAACAAGCACUCGGACCACACCGUCCGUAGAGGCAGUACCACCUUAGGUAGAAAGCAGCACACCUCACCUGCCUUCCAGCCCCCUUUACCCCCCGUGGAGGCUUCAGGGCAGGGACAAGGCACCGGGCAGGUCCCGCAGCCCUCGGUCGAUCCCCAGCCGCAAGCCCCACUGGGGGCAGCGGGGCCCGAGAGCCCCAAUAGCUUGGCGCAGGGUCUUGCCGCGCUCGCUGCCGCUCAGCAGCUUCUUGCGCAGAAUACAGAGGAGCUCAGCAACCCAAAGCUGCGUGACCCUGCAACGGCGCCAGCACCCCACAUCCAGCGGAACGGUUCUGGCGCAGGGAGCCAGACUGCCAGCCAGACGGGCGGCGGGACCAGUCCGCAUAUGAUGCGUAGAGUGCUCAAGAAACAGGCACCAGCUCCCCCCAAACCCCCGAACCCUCCACCCAGUCAGCCAUCACCCAACUCAUCCCAACCCCUAAGCCCCCCUCCGAGGCCCCUGUCCAGCCACUCCCCUACCUCUCCUGUGUCGCCCGCCUCUCAGCAUUACAACACUCCUCGGCGCCACUCCAGUAACCAGCCACCAAUCCAGGCCCCCAGCCACCCGCCCCCAGAGCCACCGACGCAAACGGGUUCUCCCGGUCAACACAGCGGUGAAUCGCACAGCGCAGACCCCUCGCCCCCGGACUCUCCCUCGCCGCCGGAUACCCCUCCGCCGCCCGUCGCCACCGGCCCAGACGGCUCUCAGGUGGCCCCCGCUUCACCGUCCCCCUACCAGACCGGCUCACUCCCCCGGCCGCGUCCCGUCCCUAAGCCCAGGAACAGGCCGAGCGUGCCCCCGCCCCCACAGCCCGCAAACGUGCCCGGAGACACCAAUGGGAUCUGCGCAAGCGCAUACAAGAUGAUGGAUCCAGCCAUGUCCUUCAAAGGGCUAAGUCGCGCUCUGGUGCCGGAGCUCAACGUGGAGCAGCAGUCAGAACCGCCGCUUCCCAAAGACUGCGAGCUGGAGAGUGAGAGCACUGUCCUAUAA